CCGGACACCAGAUCUGUCGGAGAGAUCGCAGCUUGCUAAUGCUGCAAUAAUGAAUGACAGUCAUCGUGAUCCAAAACUAAACAGAGAAUAACAGCGAUGAUGCAAGCAAAUAUGCUUUGGGCUAUCAAAUGAAAUUCCAGCUACCAAACUAGACAAUAAGCGAAUAUUCUCUGCAAAAAAGUGUGUUUGACAUUUUGGCAUGUAGAAAAUGUUAAUCAAAGUGUUGAGUUUUUACAAGGACACUUUGUAUAAGUUGAUACGAGGUGGGCAGAAAGAAUGGUGGACAAUAGCGCAGCAAAACUGUUCGACCGCAGUUCUGCGUUGGGGAAACUCGGACUCGCAACGUUGAGCGUUCAGUAGUAGUCGUCAUUCAGUACAAUCUGAAAUGCAGAUUAGGAAGCAACUUUAUCGCGCGGAAAAUACCAUAUAUUAAAGUUAGUGAUAAAGUAUUUCCUAUAUUUGAAUUUCAAGUGGACAAUUAAUUUGUACUUUGUUAAAGAAAAGGAUUGAAAAUGGUGAAUUCCGAAUGAAAAAGGAUUAUUGUGUAUUUUUGUGAUAGUGAUAGUGAUAGUGUGUAAUUAGUUGUUUGGAUUACAUUUCAACAACCGCAAAAUGAGUAAUUAUCACCGCGCCAACAGUAUUUUAAAGGAUCCCGAACAGCAGCUAUGCAGUUAUGUUAGAAAUAACAACGUCAAAGAGAUUGCAAAGCUCGUGGAGAACAAUAAAGGUUUAAUUUCUUUGGUAUAUGAGGAUUAUGGUUUGACAAUUCUUGAGUUGGCUUGUUGUGAAUAUGCUGAUGAUGUCAACGCUGAAACAAUUCGGACUCUGCUUAAAUGGGGUGCGGAUCCUACGAGAAUCAUUGAAGAAGAAGGAUAUAAAUCUGCUUUACAUCUAGCUGCACUUGGUCAAAAUCCAAGAAUUUUAGAAGUCAUUGUACAAUGCAGGAACGUGGAUAUUAAUUCAACAGCUGAAGGACGAAGUGCGCUUCAAAUACUUAUCACUGAUGCAGAACCAAAACCUAAAAUGGAGGAAUGUGUGGAGGUUUUGUGGAGACAUGGAAUUGAUCUUCAUUAUCCUGAUGAAAAGAACAACACUGCGUUAUAUUUCGCAGCAAAGAAGAAACUCACCGAAAUUGUAAAAUUUAUUCUCUCUAAAGACAACACCGUUACCUCCAAGGAAGCUGAUGUUUUACGAAAACUAGAUCCAUCAUUAUCAUUCGUUAUUGACGAUUCACCUCGAAAUCUAGAUGGAUUAGAUUAUUUAAAAAAGAAGAACGAGUCUGGUUUCAUUACAUGGCUUGCAAAGCAUUCAGAUUUUGAUGAAGACUCAAUGGAGAAAUCAUUUUUGCAACUUGCAUGCGAACAACACCUCUUACAAGUUGUUGAUUUCCUCAUUGACAGAAAUCCAAACAAAGUAGGUCGUGUUGAAACCCACCCGUUGAUAUUGGCAGUAGAAAAUGGUUACUACCAAAUUGUAGAACGACUUUUAAAUGCACCAGGUAUUGAAAUACCUCGUGGUGUUCUCAAUGCAGCACUAAAACGUAUCGAUUGGGAUGGUGAUAAUAAAGUUAACUACCAACGCACGUGUGAGAUGAUUCUUGAUAGUUCAAGGGUGGAUGUUAACGAACGCGAUAAACUCAAUGGUAAUUAUCCAUUGCAUUAUGCUGUGAAAUAUGGAGGAAAGAAAGUUGUGCGUGAAUUACUCCGUCGGAAAGCGUCCUUGGCGAAUAGAGACAAGUUGAACUUUUUGACCAUCACUGAUAUCGACCAUGAUGUUUUAAAAGAACACCUGGAUUCUUGCAUUGAAGCACAUCCAGGUGAUCCAAAGGAUCAAAAUCGGGAAGGCAUGUUUUUAACUUUUGAUUACACCACUCUCUUCCCUUCAGAAGGUUAUGGUUUUGAAAGACCUGAUUCAGAAAUGCAGAUUCUAAACGCAGUGGUCAAAGAAAGUGAUGUAGUGUUACACAUGACCAAAGAUCGUGAAUUGAAACCACUGCUACAACAUCCUCUGAUUGUUAGUUUUCUCUACGUGAAAUGGCAUCAAGUGCGUUUUCUGUUUUUGGUUAAUCUAAUCACGUAUCUACUGUUUUGUGCUUCGUUGCUUUGGUUUAUUCUGAAUAACUAUGAUAACCCAGACAAGGUACGCAUAGAUUUUCCGUACGUGUUACUAUUUAUCACUACACUGUUGAUAUCAGUGAGGGAAGUAAUACAAAUGCUGUUUAUGGCUAAAAAGUACGUAAGAAACACCGAGAAUUGGGUUGAAGUUGGACUGCUUAUUGAUGUAUACCUCAUGUUGUUCUAUCCGUCAACUGAUAAGGACAGACGACCUAUGUUUGCGAUUGCAAUUUUACUAGCUGCAUUGGAACUGCUAUUCCUUCUUGGAAGUGUUCCUGGAUUGUCUACUUAUAUUGUCAUGCUUCGAACUGUUUCUUUCAAUUUUGUUAAAUUUCUGCUGUUUAACGCCAUUUUGAUUAUUGCGUUUGCAUUUUCCUUUUACACACUCUUCAGAAAGGUUCCGGAUGAAAGUGAAAAUUCAACCAAAUCAGUAAUUUUGGAUAAAACUGAGUCACAAACAGAAGUCCCGGAGAAGAAGGAAGACCCAGCUUUCUUUUCGAAUAUUUAUCUUGCUUUAUUCAAAACAUUGGUUAUGCUUACUGGAGAGUUUGAAGCAGGCGAUUUAGAUUUUGACCAGUUUCCAAUUGCGUCACAUUUGAUUUUUAUCAUGUUUGUGGUUUUGAUUGCGAUUAUCCUACUGAAUUUAUUAAAUGGUUUGGCCGUGAGUGAUACACAAGAGAUCAAGAGUGAAGCCAAGUUGGUUGCACUAACUGCACGUGCCCAAUACAUAUCCUAUAUUGAAUCUAUGAUAUUUGGUAAUGUAUUGCCAUCGACAUGUGCUCGUAGUGCUUGGAGUUGGACUCCAAGAAGCAAAAUGAUGAACUGUUCGAGAUGGUGGUUGACCCGGGUGUGUAUCGGGCCGCAAUUGGAGGGUAAUCGAUUGAAAGUUUUUCCAAAUCAAGAAGGGCGAAUUGAAUGGCGGUAUAAGGCGAGAAAAACUUGUACAGCUCUGUGUGGAGGUGAUAAGAUUGACGAAAGCACUAUUAAAUUGGCAAAGGCAAUUGUUGCACAGCGUGAGCCUAUGGAUGAAAAUAUUCUUUGUAGAAAACUUAAUGGAAUGAUUCAAGAGUUGGCAGAAAUUUUACAUCGAACUCGAAAACAGAGUUAGUUUACAUAUUGCAUAAGUAUUUAAAGUUAAUAAAAUAAACCUGUGUGGAAAAAUAUCA